CAGACAUGACGCAGCCCAGCACCCAUGAGCGUCUGCAGCAGACGCUCGCGCACCUUCAGCCACUUUCCGCGCCCACCCAGCUGUCCAUUGUGCAGGGCCCAACUGACCAGCCCCUCUGGAAUAUCACCCUCGGCCAGUUGCUAGAGCGGCAGCGAGCCCAGUACGGCAGUCUCGAGUGUGUGGUAUUUCCCUGGACGGGUGUCCGGUGGACCUAUGCUCAGCUCGAUGAGCAGACCAAUCGUCUGGCCAGGGGCCUGCUGGCCAUGGGAAUCUCCAAGGGAGACCGCAUCGGCAUCAUGGCGGGCAACUGCGAGGAGUACGUCGCUGUCUUCUUUGCCGCUGCCCGCGUGGGCGCCGUCCUCGUCGUGCUGAACAACACGUAUACCCCGUUGGAGUUGUACUAUGCGUUAGACCAUUCCGAAUGCCGAGUUCUCUUCCUCACGCCUCACAUCGGCCGCCAUUCCCUCCACGAAGCCCUAACUCACCUCGGCCCCCGACCAAAAGACACCACUGCAUCUCAGUCCCUCGAGGAGGUCGUCCUGCUCCGCGACAAUGACAGCAACAGCAGAGACUACCCGACCUUCACUCGGUACAACCAGGUUCUCCAGCGCGGCGAACACCUGCCCACAGACAAGCUCGUCCUCCGCGAGAGCGAACUCAGCCCCGACGACGUCUGCAACCUGCAAUACACAAGCGGGUCAACCGGGUCUCCCAAGGCCGCCAUGCUCACACACCACAAUCUAGUCAACAACUCCCGCUUUAUCGGCGACCGCAUGGCGUUCACAUCUCUCGACAUCCUUUGCUGCCCACCCCCUCUCUUCCACUGCUUCGGGCUCGUGCUCGGCCUGCUCGCCGUGGUCACGCACGGAGCCAAGAUCGUCUUCCCGGCUGAGACCUUCGACGCGGGCGCCGUCUUGCGCGCCAUCUCCGACGAGGCGUGCACCGCCCUCCACGGCGUGCCCACCAUGUUUGAGUCGCUCCUCGCCCUCCCCAAGCCGGACGGGUUCGUGUCGAUGCUGCGCACGGGGAUCAUUGCGGGGGCGCCGGUUCCAAGGCCGUUGAUGGAGAGGUUGCUGGGGGAGUUGAAUAUGACUCAGUUUACGAGUAGUUAUGGUCUCACAGAAGCAUCCCCCACGUGCUUCAACGCCCUCACGACAGACACGAUACCCACGCGCCUGGAAACAGUAGGCCGAGUGAUGCCGCACGCGCGAGCGAAGAUCAUCGACCGCGCCGGCUCGAUCGUCAACGUCGGCCAACGCGGCGAGCUCUGCAUCGCAGGCUACCAGCUGAGCAAAGGGUACUGGAAGAGCGAGGCCAAGACGGCCGAAACAUUUGUGACGGACGCGCAGGGCGAGCGGUGGCUGAAGACGGGCGACGAGGCGCGGUUCACGCCCGACGGACAUUGCACGAUCACGGGCCGCUUCAAGGACAUUAUCAUUCGCGGCGGGGAGAAUAUCUAUCCGUUGGAGAUUGAGGAGCGGCUGGGUGAGCAUGCGGCUGUGGUAAGGGCUGCUGUUGUGGGCGUGCCGGAUGGGCGGUAUGGGGAGGUUGUUGGGGCGUUUGUGUUGCUGGGGCCGGGGGCGGCGCGACCCGGGGAGGAGGAGCUGCGCGAGUGGACGAGGAUGACGCUGGGGAGGCAUAAGGCGCCGGUGCAUUUCUUUUACUUUGGGGAGGAGGGCGUCGAGAAGGAUGUGCCUGUUACGGGGAGUGGCAAGGUGAGGAAGGGGGAGCUGAGGGAUGUUGCUGUGAAGUUAUACCAGGUCUGA